UGUCCACUUUCGAUUCGGAAGCUCUCUCCAUCCCGCGCUACCAAUGGCUUAGAGGCCUUGAGAUGCGGUUGCGUCAUAUCUAGAUUUCUAGGUGGCUUGUGGGCUCAAGAAGCAAAUAUAAGAGCCUGUUCUUCCUGCUGGCCCACUGUCAGAUCGUCAUAGCAUAUCCUACAUCCUCGACCUUAUCUCUUGCAAUUUCGAACAGAUACUUUGUUUUCUAAAGACAGCUAGGAAAGAUAAGACCAAACAGAAUGACUACCCAACCUAUUCAUUCAACCGGCCGUGGAGGCGCUGGCAAUAUCGGACCAGACAGCGCCCUCUACACUGACGGCGGACUCGUUCGCGAAGGCGUCCAAGGCGAGUCCGUUGACGGCGACUUCUCUACCGGUCGAGGUGGUGCUGGUAACAUUGGCAAGUCGCCUCGCCUGGGACCACAGCCCAGCGAAGGCCGUCGCUCGGUCGACUUAGUUCCAGAGAUCAAUACGCGUGAGCCUCAGGACGAGUUCCACACCGGCCGCGGCGGGGCUGGAAACGUUUACAAGGAGAAAUAUGGUGGACACAGCUCUCCCGACGGUCGUAAGCCCGGUUUGACCGACAAGGUCAAGCAUGUGCUUCAUCUUGACGGCAAGAAGGAGAAGCAGGAGCCCUCGCCCUUGGCCCAGAACGAGACGACAAAGUAGAUAUGAUACCCAAUACUGAACGAAAUGAGCGAGCUUUUGGAGGAGGGUAAUGGUAUAAGCGCUGUAGACCGUGAUGAUACCUAGGGC